CCAGCUGUCCUUCGACGUCGAGACUGGAUGCCGUCGCAAGCAAUGCCCACGCCGCAAUACCCCCAUCAGUGCCAUGGCCGCCGACUCCCACACGCGGCGCGAGAGACCGUGGCUGCUGCCAUACAACAGGAAGAUCAGGCAUUUGCAGGGCAUCACCAUCCGCAACCUGACCCUCGUCCACGCCCCGCAAAGGCCGCGGGGCAAGACGAUUGACGACGACGCCAUCCCUUCUGCCCUACGCACCCCCACAAAGGCCGUGGCCCAGCGUGAAUCCAGGAGACUGGAGCACUCCCGUUCGUCCAAUGACCUCCGUCCUAUUGGCGAAGCCGUCGUGGCAGAUCUCAGCUCCAAGGAAGAUGGUGGCCUUCAGGACAGUCCGCCGCGCCCCCUCCUGCGCACGCGCCGGCGCAGCACCAUGGAAUGGUCUGGUGCGAGCCCUCUCGAGAGGCAGAAACGACUUGAGGAGGUCGCUGGCGGCCGUAUGGCCGAUGUCUUUUUCUCGCUGCACGUAGAGGCCAUUGACGACCCAGUCUAUGUCAGUGAAGAGGUGGAGAAGGCCAUGAACCCAAACUUCCGUUUCUUCGAUCUGGAUUCGUGGGGCCCUUCAGUGACACGGCUAGAUGCAAUCACCGUCAAGGUCUGGGUUAAGAGCGAAGCGAUGAAAGAACAUCAACACCUUCUUGAUCUGACCGUCAAUUUUCGUGCCCUGCAGUUCAUCGGCAAAGCAUUGGACAGCUUUCAUCAUCCGUUCCCGCAGAAUUGCGUGCUGUUCCACUUCACCGAUGGCAUUUAUACCAGUUUCACAGAUAUGUCACCUGAAGAACAUACAAUUGGCCUGAGCCACUCUUCUACCAAGACUACCUCAGGUCGGACUGAUCCCACAUCAUCUUAUGACCAGCUUAUGCGCCUAUCUACUCUUGAUGUCUGUAUCCAAGAUGCGCUGGCCACUCGCGACAGACUCGCUUCGGACAUCAACGGCGUUGUCGAAACUGGACAAGACGCUCUUUCCAUGGUGAAUCAGGUUCCCGAGGCGCUAGAGCGCGUCAAAACCAUUGAAAGCACGGUUCAUGCUCAGCGGAAGAGGUUGGAAUCAGCCAAAAAGAAACGCGCCGAGCUUGAAGUCAGUAUACAGUCCCGCCGUGACGCCAUCAAAAGAGGCCGUGAAAUGCAGGAAAAAGCACUUGAGGAUGUCUUGAACGGGCAGGAACAGCUCAAGCAACGCGAAUUUGCAAUUCAACAAACCCAGGACGAAAUUGUCGGCCAGCGUCGCCGUGUUUGCGAAGACCUUCUGAAAAUCUAUCCGAUUGAACCAAUUCCCGGGCGUUCAUUGGCUUUUACAAUACGCGGCCUUCCAUUGCCCAAUUCUGAGUUUGACAAUGUCAAAGAAGAUGUCACAGCUGCCGCUUUGGGUUUCGUCGCUCAGGCGGUAGCUCAAAUCGCUGUUUACUUUUCCCAUCCACCUCCGUAUCCUAUCACGCCUCGGGGCUCAACAUCCACAAUCGAAGAUCCAAUAUCUAUGACUACUGGGCCGCGCGUUUAUCCUUUGUACAUGAGGGGUUCUGUGCGCUACCGGUUCGAGUAUGGUGUGUUUCUCCUCAACAAGGACAUUGAGAUCUUGUCCAACUCGAUUGGCCUCAAGCUCUUGGAUAUCCGCCAGACUUUACCUAACUUGAAGUAUUUGUUAUACGUUGCUACGGCUGGGAAGGGAGACAUUCCAGCGCGGAAAGCUGGUGGCUUCAGGGCUCUACUCAGGUACCCCGGCCUUUCUCGGUCUUUAUCGAACAGUUCUUCAAUCAAUAGCACUGCUAAUAGUGCUGUGCUUGCUGAAGGGAAGGGCGAAGGCGGCGCCAAGGCCGAUAAAGGGGGAGUGGUCAUAGGCAAUGGUGUUUCAACGACACCUAGCUUCAAAAUGCAGAGGACAUCUGCGUUGAGAGGAUAGGAGAUUAUUUUCAGCAAGAUCGCUGGCCUGUGGGGCGUCGGCCUCCGAGCAAUUCCUGGGUUGUUGUCCAACAAACUUGGGAACGAGGGUAGAUGUAACAGGAAGCAACCAAUUUGGCAAACAAGAUUGCAGAAUUCCCUUCUUGUUUCAUACUUCCAAUACCAUCUUCGGGGGUUAAGUGAAAGUUGAAUGUUCGGCAAGAUUUUUUUAACCAGUGUGGCGUUCAGGUGAAAAAGGCCCGCGGGCCAAAUUAUACCAAUUGCACUCUGGAGUUUUGAAUGUGCUCGGAUGUACAAUAGACGCCUAGCUAAAACUAAGUGAUGUAAUGGGUGUUGAUGCAGAC